AUGGGAUCUCUUGGAGCACCACGAUACGUAGAGGCCAAGGUGCCCUACCAGCUCAGCAACACACAGGUCCGACCUGGCACUGUUGGCGCCCGCCGCCUCAAAACACACGACGUAGCUACUCGGGUCGUGGACGCGCGAGACGUGGACUGCUCCCUCGACACGCAGGGCUCCCAGAUCGUCACCCAUCCGAGCUCUCUGCACGGCGAAGAUUUCAAAGACGCCGACAAGGUCCGCGAAGUCCUCUAUCAAGAGGUCCAAGAUAUCGUUCGAAAAGCUACUGGUGCCGCAAGGGUGCACGUCUUCUCCCACCUUGUGAGAUUCCACAGCAGAGACGACAUCAAGCCGGAAAUCGACGAUCCGAGUAUUCCAGAUGAUGCGAUUUCGAAGCUCACGGGUCCUGCGCGCGGGGCGCAUAUCGAUCACUCCACUAGAGGAUCGUAUCAGGUGCUUUCGGAUAAUUUGCCGGAGGAGGCGGACCGAUUUCGCAAUGGAGGGAAGCGGUGGGCGAUCAUCAAUUUCUGGAGGCCGAUCGAGACUGUCAAGCGCGAUCCUCUUUGUCUUUGUGAUGCCCGGACCGUUGAUGAAGGCGACUUAGUUGAGAGGACCGUCAUCCUCCCCAACACAGAUGCCUACGAGCACGUCAGCAAAGGCAAAGUCUUCGACCUCUUCUCCGCCCGCCCCAACCCCGCCCACGAAUGGUACUACUGCUCCAAUAUGCGGCCUGAUGAAGGCUGGCUGCUGAAGAUCUUCGACUCGGAAGGCGGGAAGGGGGGUAUUUGUGGACCGGCGCCACAUACGAGCUUCGAGUUGCCGGGUGAGGUCCCGAAGGAGGCGAGGCGGAGUUGUGAGUUUAGGACGUUGGUAUUUUGGGAUUGA